AUGAAGACGCUGCUCAUUGCCUCAGCUCUUUUCGCUGUUCUUGCUGCUUUAAAUCACACGAGAGGGAAUGGAACUGACAGUAGCAGUAGCCAAGACGAUGCAGAUGAUGGUUUCGAGGGCGGAUUCAACGGUGGAUCUGGACAGGGAGGUUUCGGUGGAAACGGAAAUGGACAAGGACAGGGUGGAUUCGGAGGACAAAGACAAGGUGGAUUCGGUGGACAAGGACAAUUCGGCGGACAAAACGGACAAAACGGAUUCGGCGGACAAGGCCAGGGCGGAUUUGGUGGACAAGGACGAUUUGGAGGACAAAACGGUCAAAAUGGACAGAAUGGAUUCGGAGGACAAGGCGGCUUCGGUGGACAAAACGGACAAAACGGGCAAAAUGGUGGAUUUGGAGGACAAGGUGGAUUCGGUGCCCAA